ACGUCACGUUGAUUUGCAUAAGCCGGAGGCCAAGGUGUCAGAUACCGGCCCCAUCCACCGUGCAACACUUAAUCACACAUUGGAGCUGGCGUUCUGAACAUCUUUCGUUUACCAUAGCCAUUCACCCCGAAGUUGCUUCGUAAAGGCGCUCUUUCCUUGCCUUUUUCUUUGAAGCGACAUUCGCCGCAUGGAACAGCCACGCACAAUAGCAUUAAUCGACAGACGGCUUUGACAGCCACUUUCUACCGUGGAAGUUGAGCAUACCUGGGCCGUCCUCCUCAAAGACAGUUUAGAACGGACUAGUUUUGCAGUGGCGGUCUCACUCCUUUAGAGUAAAUUCUCCAGCGACGAUCUGAUCAUAUGGAGGCGGGAGGGAGUCGAGAUCGCGGCCAUCCAGAGGAGGUGGGCAGGCAAACACCACCACCUGUUCCAUCUAAAGGGCCAUUACUUGGACAAGAGCCGGUACGACAAGCGCAAAGCAGUGGCGGCGGUACGUUUGCUGGUGCGACAAACACGCAUCCAGAUGGGGUACCACAGCGACAAGGGAGCAUUGGAGCAGGAAAUCAGACGUCGAGUCAGCGGGCAAGCAUGCUACCAAUCUCUGCUUCUGGGCCUGGAGGUGGGUCGGGUGGGAAGCGCACUCCAGCACAACUAGCUUUGCAGAAUGUGUUUGCCCGCUUUGUCCGAGCUGCAGAGUUGAAAGUGAACACAUUGAUGCACCUCCAACCCUUGGAUCGGGAGCUUGAUCUCUUUGCACCAAUUCGUCCGGGAACCGAUAAGACGCUUGAUUGUCUACUGGAGUCGGUUGGAUCUGUUGCCAAACAUUGUCCAAAACUGAUGAUCGACAGUAUAAUGGUCUGGCGAAAGUCGAAAAGCGAAGCAUCUCCCGGUGAAGGAACACGCAACAUCACAACUUUGUAUCCUCAUUUAAAAGGAAAAGACAUUGAAAACAUUUUAAAGGAACGAAAAUCGCUAGUUUCCAAUUUCAUACUGUGCCGCGUUCUCACUGCCAUCAUACAACGAUUAACACGGGAAACACUGCCAGAUGACUUGGCUGAAAAGCUAGAAGAUAUGGUAUUUGGACAGCUCCGAAACGCAGACCCUGAUCUAACGAUCCGAUCUGUCAAUCGGCAAGCAAAUAUUGAUCUAUUCGCGGAGCUCGCUGGAGCGCUAUCCAACAUUCGAUUCGCCACUGUGAGUGGGCGAUUCGUUUCAGAACUUUCCAAGGCAGCUACCUUGAAAGAAGGAAAGCUGGACCUUUUCAUUCGCAGUAUGAGAUUUCUGAAGCUCAAGAUAUAUCCCAUGGAUGAACUGGAAAAUACGGCCGACUUUUUGCAGACAUGUGCUGAGUUGUUUCAUGAUGCGCAUAGCUCUCGGAUAAAGCAUGCAUAUGCUGAAGUGUUUGUCCAGCUGCUGGAACCCAUAGCGGCGGUUGCAACCGCGGAAGUGAAUCUUCCAGCAUGGAUGAAAACUGUGGAGCUGAUUUUCCCAAAGGCGAAUAAGAUGGUUAGCAAGCCGCGACAUUUGCAGGCUGCACUGCCGUUGAUCAAUACACUAUUGUGUGUAUCACGAAAGGAUUUCUUUCACAAGCAUUGGGGUGAUUUUACGGAGCUUUGCGUCAAACAGCUACGAGAUAAGCUACUACGGACGAUCGCGCUUUCGUCAAUCACCCGGCUACUUUGGGUUUACCUCUUCCGGUGCAGCGAAACAUCUACCGCCAAUGUAUAUCGGCGCAUAGAUUCAAUUACAAAGGUCCUAUUUCCUCCGAAUCGGCGAGGCGUCGUUCCUGCGGAAACCAGCCUGCACGCGUUCGUUCAAAUUGUUUACUUUAUUUGUGUACGGUAUCCUGAAUAUGGAGCCAACAAUGUGCUGACCAACCUGCUUGGGAUUGAGCAUGGGGCAGCAGUGCUUUCGGGACCAAGCAAUGCGAUCACGGCCUCCAGUAAUGCAAUUAUUUCAACCUCGAGUAUUCUCAUGGGUGAGAAAGGAUCAGCCACUUCCGCUGUGCCGAGUACAAUGCUGGAUGAUUGGACUACCAACACGAUGUUGACUGGCUCCAGCUCUGUGUCUACAGCAUCUAACAUGGUCGUUGGCGAUACGGUUGUGAAUCCCGAGCGCCUAUUGAUAGCGCUUAGAGCAUUCUUGCUUUUACUGGCGGAUAUGGAAGAAGCGUUGGGUAAUGGCCAAAAGGAAAAUGCAGGGCUAACCGCUGGUACGGUUUCUGCUGUUAGUGGGAACGCUGGAACUGGCAAGGUGGUGGUGGAGGCCAAGGUUAACCUGCCAGCGCCACCUUUUCCGCAAGUCGAUUGGCAUUAUACCAGCAGCUACUUUGGCAUUGAUGUUCUAAACAAAAUGAGAGAACGGACCUCCAGAGCAGAAGUAUCUGGGGAUAUACGGAUGCCCUUAUCUGAAAUGUUCUUUAUCGUAUGGGGAGUAGUAUGCGAGACUCGUUAGAGCGCUUCACUGAGACCCUUGCAAGAGUUGCCGUUGCAUUGGAUAAUGUUUGUGGAUGGUCAUUGCUCACCGAACACGGGUGCUAUGUUAUCUGCAAUUGCAGCGU